AUGCCUUCGGAAGCCGGUCACAGAUUAUACGUCAAGGGACGUCACCUCAGCUACCAGCGUAGCAGACACGUCACCCACCCCAAGACGAGUCUGAUCAAGAUUGAGGGUGUUGACGACACCAACGCCGCCAACUUCUACCUCGGCAAGAAGGUCGCCUACGUCUACAAGGCCUCCAAGGAGAUCCGUGGCACCAAGAUCCGCGUCAUCUGGGGCAAGGUCACCCGCCCUCACGGCAACUCCGGUGUCGUCCGCGCCAAGUUCACCAACCCCCUCCCCACCCGCUCUUUCGGCGCCUCUGUCCGCGUCAUGCUUUACCCCUCGUCGAUUUAA